GAAAAUCAACAUCGACGCCAUUGCUCUCCAAUGGGUUCGCCGGCGUUCCUUCCCGACGAGCUCAUCAUGGAAAUCAUAUCUCUCCUUGAUGUGAAAACCAUUCAACGAUUCAGGUGCGUAAGAAAAUCAUGGAAUCUUUUCAUUUCCGAUCAAACUUUCAUCCAAAUGCACUUAAAGAAAUCAUCACGGAACCCUCAUUUCGUAUUACCAAUUCCGGAUUUCCCUCUGUCAAGUACGAUUUUCUUACCUGUGCAACGUUUACUCGAGAAUCAUUCAAUAACUGUUGCCGGUGACAGUUGCCUGAUUAAUCCAAUCCUUUGUGAUGUUGUUGGUUCCUGCAACGGAUUGCUUUGUGUGGUUUGUUAUUCUGCCACAAAUGGAGUGCUCAAUCUGCUUUCAACGUUUGAGUUCUUUUUAUGGAACCCAGCAACAAGGACAAUGUCUGAAAAUUUAGGGUUUUUUGGGGACUAUGAGCCUGUGUUUGGCCCUUUCAAGUUCAGUUUUGGUUGUGAUUGUUUUACAGGAACCUACAAGGUAGUUCUACUUCAUACAGAACGAAAUGAAGACAGAAAGAGUGACGACGAUAUGUGGAUAAGCAAGGUGAGAGUUUUCAGUUUGGGUGAUAAUUGUUGGAGAUUUAUUCAAGGUUUUCCUUUGGCUCCUCUUAUUUGGAGCUAUGGUGUGCAUUUGAGUGGAACUGUUAAUUGGUUAGCUAUUCGCGGGGCAUUCAUGUCGAUGUAUGAUGGAGAAAUAUUUAGAGCUUCGGUUCCGGUUAAACAAUUGGAGAUUGUUUCGCUUGAUCUUUCGACGGAGACAAACACACAGUUUUUGCUUCCAGAGGGUUUUGUUGAGCUGCCGUGCGUUGAGCCAUAUCUCUGUGUUAUAAUGGACUGCCUUUGUUUUUCGCACGAUUUUAAUAAAACUGAAUUUGUUAUAUGGCAGAUGAAGGAGUUUGGAGUUCAAGAGUCUUGGACUCAGUUAUUCAGAAUUGAAUACUUUAAUCUUCAAAUGAAUAACCCUCCAAUGGAAGAUGACUUUGUUUAUCUUGAAUACAUGAAAUGUGAUGUUCCAUUGUUGCCAUUGUACGUUUCUAAGGAUGGAGAUACAUUGAUAUUAGCACAUGAUGAAAUUGACAACGCAGUUAUCUAUAAUCAGAGGGAUAAGAGAGUACAGAGAAGUAUAAAUUCCAAUGAAAUAUGCUGGCUUUCGGCCAUUGAUUAUGUUGAAAGCUUGGUGUCAACUCAUUGGAAAUCUGGAGUUGGAGUUGGAGUUGGAGUUGGAGUUGGAGAUGGAGAUGAAAAUGAAGACAAAGGAAAUUUGUAAUUGGAGGAUGAAGAUCAACUAAAUGACAUUGAUCUUUGAUUUGAUGGACGGACUGAUUUGUAAUAGAUUGUGAAUAUGUACUAUGAUCAUAGCUCAAGAAGGAAGUAGGGAAUAAUAGUGUUCAUUUUUUUUCCAUCUAUUUGACUUUA